AGAAAUGUAACCGGUAUUCCUUAUAACGAAGCCCCUAAAUUACCCAUGUUUUCAGGUGAUGAACCUCCUCAAAAGGGUGACACAACGUUUGAUGUUUGGCGGUUCGAAGUAGCAUGUAUUAUAUCCGACGAAUCUAUUUCAGAGCACAGCAGUUUGUUAGCAAUCCGUCGGUCAUUACGCGGCACUGCGCGACAAAUUCUUAUACCGUUAGGUGAAGCGGCUACUGCUAAUCGAUACAUUAAAGAAGGCGAAUCGGUGACUUCAUUUGGGUGUAGAUUAGAGAGUCUUUUACAAAUUGCUAAAGGACAUGUAGGUAUUGCUGCUAAAGAUGAUAUGCUCUGGUCUAAAUUAUGGACAGGUUUACGUAAUGAGGCAUUGAAAAGUCAAACCCGACAUAAAUAUGACACUGCUCGAUGUUAUGACGAUCUGUUGCGCGAAAUACGGUCUGUGGACUAGGAAUUAAAUACUAAUGAUAGAAAUAAAUAUGUUAAGAUUCAACCUAAGAACGUCCACUAG